AUGCAACCACGUCAUGAUGAAUACGAUCAUCGUUUAACUGAAGCGACGAUACCAGACGUACGAGAUACACGUGUUCGUGGUGAUGAACAAUUUGCUAUUCGAUUCAAUAAAGAACUCAAUAAACGAAUUGAUUUCGCACUUGCUGAUAUCGAAACGGUGUUAUCAAAAACAAUGCUAAAUCAUAAAAUGGAUCCACGCACAAUAGCAGCAUGUGACACUAAUAACUUUUUUCCGGAUAUUCUUGAUAGGCAUGGUGAUAUGACAUGGCUUAAGAAAGCUGAAUCAUAUAUCAAUUCCAUAUUGACAAAAGAUAAUCCAACUGAUGAUGAAAAGAAAGAUUUGAAAGUUCUAUAUUAUGCCAAACAACGUUAUGAACAAACAUUAUCAAAAUAUAACAGUUAUCAACAGCUAACACAAUCAACUGAUAAAUCUCAAAUAACUAAUCGUGAUGCAUGGCCACUGGAUUCAGAUUUUUCAAAUUUAGCCUUGGUUGAUCGCGCCGAUCAUAUUUCGAUACCAUAUGUCAUCGAAUCCUUUCAUCGUUAUCACCUGAAAGGCAACAAAAUGAAAAUUUUGGCAAUAGGAACUUUGAUAUUUGUUAUUUUACUGCUAAUGCUUUUUGCAUUAGCUCUUAUUGUUGCACAAAACAAGGAAGAUUCGGGUUACUGUCCAUCAAAUGUCAUAGGUUUUGAUCCUGAAAAUCCUCAUCGUAUGCUUAGAAAAUUAUUUCUUUAA